CGACUCUUUCACGCAAGUCAUUCAGUUGAGAGCGUAAAGCAGACGACACUGACACUUGCUAUAUCUGUAGAAGAGCGCGAAAGAGUAACCUGGAUAUAAAUCAAGCGAGUUCAUAGAUGUUUGCAUAUUCAAUAAUUCAACUGUUGAACUUCAUUGUUGACGAGUGGAAUUAAGGUGAAGUUUUGUUCGUACCCAGUUCAUAAUAGAACACAGCAUUGGAAAUAUUGCAAAGUACUGUAAAUGUGAAUUUGAAAUAAAUACCCUGGACUCUACAGUUGCAGUAGUCAACAUCAACUAGUGGCAGACUACCAAACACUGUAUUACAACCGCUGUAACUUGUGAAGGAGUUAAACGAAAGAACUCCAGGAUGAGCUCAAGCGGUACUCAGGAAACCCCGGCAUCAUCGUCGCCGUCGGGUGUGGCGAUCACGGCACAGCAGGAGAAGGUACUUGAACAGGAGUUCAAGCAAGAAAAGAACUGGGACGAUAUCACACUCGAGCUGGUGGUUGCAGAAUGCGGUCUUUGCGAAAAGGACGUCGAGAAAUGGUACUCUUGGCGCAAGAAUGAAUGGCGAAGAACUGAAGGAUUACGCAUCGGAUCUGGCUCUCUUACAGACAUGUGAAGUCAAGGAUACCUUACUCCACGCAAUCAUUGUCAUCAUCUCAGUAUCAGCGACUUCCAGAUAGAUGCCAUCAGUGGAGAACGAACUGUCAUAAUUACAGACCUGCGCAGAGAGUAUAUUAGCUGACAAAUAUCAAGGGACGCGUAACUUAGAGAGGAUGGACUUUAUGCAUGUUUAUGGGAGAUGAUUGUGGUCUCUUAAAUUUAGGGGGGGGGGUAAUACAUAAGGAUGGGGGCUUUAAAGAAAACUGUAUAUGAAGAUGGGGGUACCGUUGGGAUAUGAAGCUCAGGAUAAACUAACAGUUAAUUAACACAGGGAAAUUAAACAGAAACGCAUUUAGAUAACUUGAGAGAGAGAGAGAGAGAGAGAGAGAGAGAGAGAGAGACAGAGACAGAGAGACAGAGAGACAGAGAGAGAGACAGAGAGAGAGACAGAGACAAACAGACAGAUAGAGAUAGAGACAUUUUUUUAAAUAAAACAUGAAAGAAUACAAUAGCAAAGACCUUGAAAAAUAAACUUAAAGAUACACAAAAUUAUAAAAUAUAUUUUGCCUAUAAAAAUCAUGUUCGGAUUAUAUAGUUCAAUAUGCAAGGCGGUAUUAAACUUGCCUGAAGUUGAUUUUUUGAAAGUAUUUGAGAACAUGUAAAGUAUAGUUGAGAGAAGAGGGAGUAAGAGCCCGAGUAAUAGAUGGUGCGUUCAGUGUGACUGAAAUAUACUCAUAAGGAUAAUUACGUAGGUAUUCUCCGUGGCAUGCAGGCUACUGAUAAAGAGAGUCUUGUACGCAAGCUUAAAUAAUCACGACUUCCAGGCCUAAAUUGGGUUGAUUCUGCAAAUCCAUUGCUUUCAUUUUCGGGAAACCCGGAACGGAAACGGGGGAUCAACCAUGUGAUGCAAUCAACAUCAUUCCGGAUCAGUUGCUAUGGAAACUGUCACAUAAUGAAACACAUCCGGGAUGACGAUGCUGUAAAUUGACGAGGGAAUUUAGCUUCAUGUCUUUCUCAAGAAAACAUGCGUGUAAAUGGUUUAGAGAACAUGCCAGUGAUUUAUAUUCUGCUCAGGUCCUCCAAAAUAAGCACCGAGGCAAUAUCUUGUUGACAAAAUAUGACUGGGAACAUUCUGGAUUUGUAUCGCCUUUUCUUACUUAAUGGCUGACGACAUUAUCAAGUUUAAUAUCUCUGUCUGCAUAUAAAUUUCCGAUACAGAAGCCGGGCUAAAAAAAAGACAUUUUAAACGAUGUAUAAAAGAGAUAUGAUUUACACGAUGUUGAUUUUGUAAAUAACAAAAGAUUUUCUCUAAACGAAAAAGUAAGAAGAAUUGAGAGGAUGACAGAAAAACGAAAAAA